AUGGUCAAGGUAGUUACUUUCCACGCUGCGGCGGCGCUCGCGCUUGCCGGCACCGCCAUUGCCGGCCGCACCUCGAGGCUGCACCACCGUCAAAGCUCUGCUUCGAUCAUGCAGUCCGACUACCAGAACGGUGCCCCCGCUCCUGGCGCUCGUCCAGGUGACGCUGCCGGCCAGACCGUCGUCAUCGACAACGACGGAGGUCACGAUGACAACUCGCAGCGUGCCGGUUGCCCGACCAUCUUCAUCGGCUCGGCUGCCGUCGGAGGAUCUUUCUCAACAGGUUGGACCGACAUGCCCCAAGUGCUCGGCUUCGACACGAUGCGUGACCUGUCGGUCGGCAACAACGUCGUUCAACCCUACAUUAUCGAACGCGGCAAGAAUGCGGCUCAGAUCAAGCGCGUCAUCAUCACCCAACCUGGUUUGCCCCGCGACUACUGGAAGUAUGCCAACCUGGUGCGCAACUCGCUGCUCUGUGCCUCGGUCAACUCGACCAUGGGCAUCAACAGAGAUGAGAUCCUGAUCGCUGCACCCACCUGGUUUAGCACCAACGAUGCUUCUGCCGGUUCGGCUCAGUCGAACGAUCUAGUGUUUACCGGAGGAAGCUGGGCCACCGGUAUCAACUCGGCCGGUCCCAACGGCGAAGCCAUCUCUUCUUUCGAAGCGCUCGACGAUCUCAUCGACAAGUUCUUUGACAAGUCGACCUACCCGAACCUGCAGCACAUCGUCGUUGCGGGCCAUUCGCUCGGAGGUUCCUUCACCCAGCACUAUGCCAUGCUUCGAAAAGCUAACUCGGCCCAGGAUUCCAAGAUCAGCUACUUUGUUGGUAACCCUGGCGCGUACGUCUGGCCCACCUCGGACCGACCUGUCCAAAAUCCCGGUGGCAACUGUGCCUCUACUGCCGAUGAGUGGGGAUACGGUCUGCAAAACCUCCCUCCGUACGGUAACGGGCAAGGCAGCGCUAGCAGCAUCGCCUCGCGCUACUACGGUAGAAACGUCAUGUACGCUCUCGGCACCGACGACAACGAGGGAGGUGACAGCCACUGCGAAGCCCAGUACCAGGGCACAUCGCAUCUCAGCCGAGGCCAAAACUUCCAGCGCGAAUUGGAAUCCGCCAACGGCGGUACCGUCCCCUCGAGCCAGCAGUUCAACUACGUCUCUGGAGUGGCUCACGAAGACUAUCUCAUCUUUAGCGAUCCCAACAGCCAGCACUUUUUGUUUGUUCAGGGUACCGACUUUGGCGCAGCUAACCCCACUGGCUCCAGUUCGUCAUCGUCGGCCGCGGGGGCUUCGGCGACGCGUAGCAGAGCAUCCUCUUCGCCUUCUGGGUCGGCAACUAGGUCUGGCACGGCCGCUUCGGCUUCCGGUUCGGGCUCGCAGUCGGGUUCAUCCACGAGCGGUGGUGCUUCCAACUUGAUCUCGCCUGCAACGGCAGUCUCGGCGCUGCUCGCCUCGUCGGCGGCGCUUCUGGCUCUGGCUCUUUGA